AUGGCUUCGACUGCAGCACGUGACGAGGAUGAGGAGGAGGAAAGCUCUUUCGUACGGGAGGACGUUGCCGUUCGCGAUAAAGCAUACCUUGAGGAGAAGGGCAUAUCAAGCUUGAUACAAGGCUUCUUCGACGACCUUUUCCAGCGCGAGGAGCUACCGGCCAAUCCGUAUCCCGAACUCGUAAGAAGGUUUAGGAUCGCAGAAAGCGCCCAAGGUUUAUUCCGUUCAAUACAUGACGAUGCCAAGGUGGCGGCUGGGAUGCUGAACAACGUGGCGACCUCUCCCGAACUAUCUGGGGUCACGUACGUGCAAGGCUCACGCGGAAUUUGGGGCAUGCCUCACAUGCUUCGGAUGGCAGACGUCGCGCACCUCGAAGUAAUGGCGGCGGUGGUGAAUGAAAACGAGCAGUGUCUGCGCGUUGACGCACACGAGCUGGAUGACCGGCACGGUGACGAUUGUCACGUGAACGUGUGCGUUGCACUCACCGGUCCCGCCGCGCUCGCAGGAAGACUCUUCAGGUACAAGGGAAUGAAAGGAGGAGAGCGCACUGUAUGGACUCCCGUGCAGUUACACGACACCGCAGAUGCCUUCAUCUCUUACAUCAAGACCAGCGUUCCCUUUCGGCCCUCAGUCACAAUGAGCUACCUGUUUCUCUCUCCCGCUAGCGCCCACCGCGCUGUCGGUGGUCCCAUCAUGUCGAUACAGAGGAGCUACACCAUGCACCACCGGAGCAGCUCCAAGUCAAGCUUGUCCGUGACCAACCGCCCCUUCCGGUCGCUGUAUGGUGGCCUCUUCUUGUCGGGAGCGGAAGCAAAGCACUACGGCGAACUCUUUCGAAUGCAAGGGCUGUCUUUCGCAGUCGAAGGCGUCGCGGGGGCGAAGGAAUACCUGGCCGAAAACGUCGAGCGCGCGAGAGAAGUCGGGGACACCUUGGGCGUGCACUCGUCGCUCAUGCCCCUUGCGCUCUUGUCGGGAGUUAACGACGAGGGAGUCUCGGCGGGGGCACAAGCGGUGGUUGACGUGUCGCGGGUAACGAAAAGCGCCGCAGCCCGCCACCGCUCCCGCCGAACCCUGUGCGAUCACAUCCUACUGAUACUGGGGAUGUUGGUGGGGUGGGUGCGAGGUUCACAGCCGAUCUUGAAGUGGGAGGGCGGUGGCGGUGUCAUCUACCUCGACGACGGCGACUCUCAGGACGACGAAAGUGACGGCCAGUGGCACCCGAAAACCCGGUGCGGUUCAUCGAAAGAUCUCGUCCAGACUUGGCUUCGAACGACCCACCAAUUGUUCUGGGGAUGGAGGUGCGACUUGCUGCGAUAUCUGGACGAGGAUCGCCACUCGGACGUUGUCGUUGUUAAGGACAAGGCGAGGAGAUGGAUGGAGGAGAUUUCCGAUGCCGCCCGAAUGGGACUGAGGCUGCCGAUGCUGCGGUGGCACGAUCAUGGCCGCACCAUCGCCGACGGAAGGAGCGGCUUCUUGAAGGCGGCCGCCUUGGCGCGGCGGCGUUUGUCGGGGGUGAGUGCGUGGCUGCACUGCCUGGACCUGUCCCUAUCCUGGGAUGCCGCCAAGGUGUGCGAUGGAGUGCACGCGCGGCAUCUCGAAGAGAAGCGAAAGAAAGGCGACGUUGCGCCGCAAGGCGGGUGGUCGCACUUGCUGGGGUUCCAGCUUGCUAGCCACGGAGGCCACGUGCGGGAAACCGGCCUGUCCUUGCCGACAACUGCGGGCCUCUUGCAGUUGCAGCGAGGCUGGCUCGACGACGCCGUAGCAGCCGCGCAUGUUCGCGACAGCGAGGGAACAAAAGAGAGUGGUGGCAAACGGAUUGUAGGCCGAAGGAAGAAUAGAACGGCGGCUUCUCCAACUCCUGCGGCCGUUGAGGCCGCCUUGACCAGCGGGGUGCGUUAUGUCCCAGCUCCGGCUACACCCGACUCGACCAGGGCUCCGAAGGCCGUGAAGGUACGCCUGGCCGUCGUGGAAACCCUGCGGGAGGAUGCCGUUCCGGAGGUCUUCGCCCACGAGAUCACCCUCAUGAAGUACGCGGCGGAUAACAGGAUAGACAAGUCCUUGCACGACAGCAUUAGCGAGGUGCUCACGUCGGUACUUGCGCCAAACCCAUUCCCGGCGCUGACCGAUUCCCUUGCCCUGAGUUCCAUCUUGCAUGUGUUCCGGCGCACUGUCGAUUCAGAAGAAGACGCCAUCCAAUCAGGCGCGCCGAAGCUUGUCGCACACGCCGGGGAAGAAGGCAGCCAGGUCUUCGUGGCUCACGGCACCCGGAACGGAAGCGCCAGAAUCUACGGGUCGAAGCCAGCGCUGGAAGACGUUGACGUAGAAGGUGCAUCGUCCCUGUUUGGCGUCUUGCCGCCCAUUGCGGGAUGGGUGCUCGAUGGGCUAGGGGACCGCUGGACGGACGUUGAUGUCGGCAUCUCCGGGUUCGCACGGUAUCACGGGUCGCAGGCGGGGCACGACGCCGUCCCGUCGUAUGUGACAGUCAUGCUGGCGUGCGCGUGCAGCUUGGAUCUAGACUCGGGCACCACCCCAAUGGAAUACUUCACCCGCUGUGCCGUCCACUGCGCCUCGGCUGCGCACACGAACAACUCAGGGCUGUUAGUGGUCGGCCUCACCGCGCGGACGGCUCCCGAAGAUAACCUCGCCGCACCGCCGUUGGAGGAAGCAGCAGCCCUUAACGCAGGGCAGUUCUUUUCCCUCAAGCAAAUUUUGGACGAUCCCGCAGAAGUGGAGGACGAGCUGGCGCACCUCCACCCCGGAGAGAUGGUCCUGGAGGCCUUUAUGCCCUUCACCAUCCCGACUGCUGCUGCCAAAGAUUUCGUUCUCGUGCCACUAUCGAUCAGGUUUGUUCUCCUCACGUCCGAUCACGGGGAAGGUGGUUGCAGCGAGGCUCUUGCAGCCGCCAUGUUUUACGACUGCGUGUACUCCACGGCCAAAGCGGCCGAACGUGCCGCUGCUCGACACUCUGCGGUGACGAACGAAUCUGGUAUCUCCGUUGGAAUCAACUACGUGAAACGCACACGUCGAUUGGUGUUGGACAGGAUUGACAGGCGGGAGUACUUGGAGGCGUACCGGCUGGUCCACCAUCUCCGUGCUCUACGGUCGGUUGAGUUACCGGAGGAGGAAGACGCACAAAAAAGUGUCCCAGCAACACCUGAACCUGACAUCGGGGGGUCCAGUCAGAACGGAGAGCAGCACGAUGAGUGUGUUACCCGCAACAACGCAUGGAAACUGCCGGAGGACAGCGUCCCACCACCAGACCCUGACAUUGAAGAGGCAGUGGCAAGCGCGAUCAGGCAUAUGCUCAGGGGUCCUUCGGGGCGGUUAGACCAUGCCCGCAGAUUGUUGGGUGUGCUGCGAAGGCUAGUCGAGAGGGAAAACUUCGCCCCAGAGGUGAUCGAGCUGCUGGAGGAGGGGGAACUCCGCAAGCAUGCCGUGUACUGCACAUCGUACCUGUUGGAUACUCUUGCCGAACAGCCCCCGGUGAGGUUCGAGGGCGCGGUCGAGUCCAUCAAGCUGCGGGCACGAUUGCUCUUGGACCGUGUUGCCGAGAUGGCGGGACCCGGGAGGGUGAGCAAAGGCGCGACUCGCGCAGCAGCGGCCGGGGCAGAUGCGACGAGGGAGGCGGCGUGCGACCUGGCCGCGGCUGUAACGUCCAUGCUGGACAUCGUGCAGCUCGCUGCGGAAUCUGACACCCACAGGUGCUGCCCCGAGAUGGAAAGAGCGAUAAAACGAUAUCGAGCAAUGGACAAGAGAACGGAGGCAGUGCUGCCGCCACUAGGCUCUAAGGGAAGCGGCAGGCGGCGAGCUGCAGCAAAGGCUGGCGGAACCUCGAAGAAAUCGGCAGGGAUCCGGCGGGGUUCCAAGAAGUGA